UCGACUAUGGGCAUUUCAACUAAGGUUUUUCUCCAGCUGGAGAGAUAUCAGAACUCGUCUCCAGCACUCCAAUGCGUGGCUGACGGACGGCGACUUUAUGUUCGCCCUUUAGCGGCAAAAGGCUCAAAGAGAUCUUUCGAUUUUGACGGGAUAGUCGAAUCUGAAAAUGAUUCGAAUGACAUGCUGUUCGAUAUUGUGAUGAAGCCUCUAGUCAGGAAAUUUCUCGACGGCUUCAAUGUCUCAUUGUUGACAACCUGUGUUAGCGGCAGCGGAAAGCGGCUAUUGUCCGAUGGUUCAAAUGACAGCGCAGGAAUCCUUUCAAUGCUUGUUCACAGUAUUUCUUCCGUGCCACAAACUGACGAAGGUGACAGGGAAAAUCAAUCGGUCAAAUUAAAGCUCUACGAGAUAGCAGGUGAAAGUGUCCGUGAUUUGCUUCAGCCUGAACGGAACGAGGGUCUGGCACCGGACAAUGUCGCCUUGAUUCGAGUGGAUGAUCCAUGGACGUGCGUUGGGCUUAUCAAGAAGGCCCUAGCAAGCAGCUUUAGGCAAGAGGUCAAUGCCGUGGAACAAACGUCAAUCCUGGUCUGCCAGUUUCAACUUCAGUGCAAACAAAGAAAUGGCAGUAUUGACACUGAGAUCCGUUCUGGUACCAUACACUCCAAAUUUACAGUUGUUGAACUAUGCGGUGUAGAAAAUCUUCUAGAGGAUCCUGCAAAACUCAGAAUAAAAUAUGGUCCCUUCAUAAGCCAGCCAAUCAUCUCCACCUGGAAUGCUCUGAAAGCGUGCAGCUAUAACAAGCGGGACCGUUGCGACUUCGAACAGUCCAUAGCCACGCAGCUUCUGUAUGAUGAGAUCGGAGGAAACUGCAUCUCGUCCUUCUUACUCGCGUUGAAUCCAGAUCAUGACGUGAACCUAAAUUUGGCAAUCUUGGAGAUGAGUGGAAUGCUCAGAAACAUUGUGACCUAUCCUGUUCGCAAUGACGAAAACCUACGUGCUAAUUACCUCAGGAUCUGGAAUCAAGCGCGACGAUCGCUUUACUUGACGUCUGAGGACCGCGAGACUGCUGGGAAUACAGAUCCUAGGAAAUUGGUGCUAGAUAACAGUGCUCUGAGACAUGAUGUCGGCACUCUUCAAGAAAGGCUCGACAUGACAAAUAAGCGAUUGAGGGACCUAGCCGCACUGAGAGAUGAUCUUCAGACUAGCUUGACAAAGAGUGAACAGGGGCGCCUGAGUUUGAAAAAGGAAAGGCAGGAUAUUGACGAUCAUUGCAGCAAAAUGUUGGAGGAAAUUGAAUCGCUUCGACAUGCCAAUGAACAGAUGCAGCAGGAAAAUGAAAAACUGAAAGAUAGCCUGGAAGCCGCAGCACAAAGCAAAUUGCUGUUGGAGAACUCUCUAAAUAAGCUGCAAUUUGAUAGACAGCAGGCCAUCACGCUGCAAAGCUCCCUCCAGGGUGCAGCAGAAGUAAACGAGACUUUGUGUCGGGAGGUUACUGAUUUAAGUCUCGAAGUGGUUAGCUUAAAAAACGAAAACGCAUCGCUCCAGAGGACGAGUAAAGAGCAUAUAGCUGAAACUCAAAAGCUCAAGAAGCACAAUGAUUUUCUCCAAACUCUCUACGAGAAAGAACAGCGUGACCGACAGGAAACCGACGGGCAAGCUAGAAAGCUGCGGGACCAAUAUAAUGAGACGAGGGACUUGUUGAGCAAAAUGAGAUCGCAACUAGGAUGCACACCAAAGUCGCUGGCAGCCGCUGUCACAACCAAAGCGGACCAGGGAAACGCUACCGGAACUCUUCUGGAUACAUAUGCCAGUCAAAUUGGAAAUCUCCAGGCGGAAAUGCUGGCAUUUGAAAGAAAAGUGAAGUACGUGGGGGAACAAAAUGCGUUCGCUUGGGUCCAGCUCGCCAAAAAGGAUGAAAUCAUCGAAGACUUGAGAAACCAGCAACAAACUGUGAUGAAUGCAUAUCGUACCAUUCUGGAUGAACUCAAUCAGAGUCUCGUAGCUCUCUCGGACAACGAUUCUGCUAGUCCCAGCUGGGUGACCUCUCUUAAUGCUCUGGUAAAACGAUUUCUCGAUGAGAUACUUCGCACCUACAUAAUCAGAGAAGAGCAUUUGAUGAAAGAGCUGCUUUUAGGUCGGGAGGAAAUGAAGGUGCUCAAAGGUGCAAGUACAGUUACCAAGAAUGGCUCACAGGAUGUGGCCAGACAGCUGCGCGGUUCGCUGUUCAUGCUCGAGGAUGAACGGUCUCGCCUUUUGACUCGAUGCAUUGUCGCUGAAGAACAACUGGCUGUGUACUCCAAAAUUAGGGAAGCACCUGGGUAGUCCCUACGUCGAGAUCACGAAGAAGGGGCAAAAGUUGUGCGUAAACAACACCCAUUUUGCACUGGGAGGAUUCCUUCAUAGCUAAACAGUGAAUGGUGAAUGAUUAUUCCGCGUAUUAAGCAUGUCGCCCGCCACUGCUGUCCUUAGCUACCCCUAUCUGUGCCAUAAAUAUGAAUAAAUUAUCUAGUCUAUCUAUCUACCCA